CCAGUAUUGCCAAGGGUCAACAAUAUGGCGCUGCCCAUUAAGUGGGAAGAAGGCGAAAUCUAACCGUCUGCAUCUGUCUGUUUAUCAAUUUUUUUUAAAUGUCGGGGACGAACGUUUGGACUCGCAGUCGCGAGAGAAUGCUGCGCUUCCCGGAGCUGUUCGCGCAGUGCAGCACAGAGGCGGCGGCGUACGGGAAAUGCGUCUCUGCCACGACCAAGAGCAAACAGGAGCUGCGAAGAGACCUCUGCGCCGCGGAGUUCAACGCCCUGAAGAGGUGUUUUGUGACCGCGGCAAAGAAAGGUGGGAAGUAGAUCUCUACUGUGGACCGAAGAGUGUUGGGCACGGACACCUGUCUCUUCCAAUUUAAGAACAGAUGGCAUGGAAUCUUCAAAUCUCUGUGCGUUGCUUUGGGUUUGAGAUCCAGAUGAACAGGCAGCCAGCGUAUGUUUCUGAAUCCCUGUGCAUUGCUUUGGGUUUGAGAUCCAGACGAACAGGCAGCCAGCGUAUAGUUCUGAAUCUGUGCGCGCACGUUCUGCGCUUGGAGGCUGGUGGCAUUGCAAGACCUGGCAGACUUCAGCAUUCUGAGGACUUUGCAUGUUUGGGACAUGUUCGAUUGGGGAUAAACAUAUGCAACAAAUCCUGCAUAGCCUGAAGAUUUGUUAAAAAAGGUGCACUGUGUGGAUGAACUGCCUUUAGGUUUUAUUCAUACGACUAUAUUAGACUUAGAAAAGCCACGUGUGUGUGAAAUAAGCGUUGCUUAGAGGAGAUUUGUGAACAGAACCUAAAUAAAUUGCUUUAUAAUUA